AAUGUUUAAUAUGUCAUUUUGUAAUAAAAUUUCACAAAUUUACCAUGAUAAUCUUAAAUUUUUCAAUAUUUAAUUAAUUAUUUAGUAUUUUAGUGAAUAAUUAUCUCAUUCAUUCUUGUCUAAAAGUAAACGAUUACAUAUCAAACGAAGUUAAUAUUAAAACAACACUAUUAAAUAUUUUGAUUUGAAUGUUGUUAAAUUUUUAGAAAUUUUGUGUGUUGUUCUUGAAAUGGCUACAGAAGAUGCAUUUGAUCAGUUUGAUGAAGAAGAACAACAAGUAGAAAGUCAGUCAUUUACAAAAGCUGGUCGAAAGCGACUUUUCUCAAAGGAAUUGCGUUGUAUGAUGUAUGGUUUUGGUGAUGAUGAAAAUCCAUAUACUGAAAGUGUUGACAUACUUGAAGAUCUAGUAAUUGAGUUUAUCACAGAAAUGACUCAUAAUGCUAUGGAAAUUGGACGGUCUGGGCGAGUUCAAGUAGAAGAUAUUGUAUUUUUAGUAAGAAAAGAUGCAAAAAAGUAUGCUAGAGUCAAAGAAUUAUUAAUGAUGAAUGAAGAAUUGAAAAAAGCACGGAAAGCAUUCGAUGAAGGAAAAUUUGCUGGUAAUGAAGUACCAAACAACGGUAAUACUAGUAUCACUAAAUAAUGAACAAGGCUUUUUGUUCAAUUUAUGUUUAUUUAAUUUAAUAUGUACUUUUGUAUUAAGUAACAUUAAACGCUUUACUUUUAUAAAUAACUUUUAAGCAUUAUAACAUUUAUGUCUUUUUUUUAAUUAUAUAUUCUUUGGGUAUAAUAAUGACUUAUUCGAGAUAAUAUACUUAAAUACUACAAAA